AUGUCGACACCACAAAUGCCCAAGUCCCUUGCCGCUUCGGUGGAGGGGAGUAAAGCAGAGUAUGUGCGACUGGGGAAAUCGGGACUUAAGAUCUCGGUGCCGGUGUUUGGGACGAUGAGUAUUGGAGAUCCGGGAUGGAUUGACUGGGUUGAGGGGGAGGAGAAGUCCCUACCACUCCUCAAAGCAGCCUACGACAUGGGCCUCAACACCUGGGACACCGCGAACGUCUACUCUAAUGGAGCAUCCGAGAUCCUCGUCGGCAAGGCGAUUAAGAAAUAUAAUAUCCCGCGCAACAAGGUGGUGGUGUUGACGAAGUGUUUUGGGGCUGUGGGCGAGGAGAUGGGUGUUAGAUCUGUGAUGUUCCCGAAGGAGAUUAAGGCCAGUAAGGAUUAUGUUAAUAAUCAUGGGUUGUCAAGAGCAGCUAUUUUCAACGCCGUAGAUGCGUCGUUGAAGAGGUUGGAGUUGGAUUAUAUUGAUCUCCUCCAGAUUCAUCGAUUUGACCCUGAUACGCCGCAUGAGGAGACGAUGGAGGCGUUACAUGAUUUGAUUAAGUCUGGCAAGGUUCGAUAUAUUGGCGCGAGUAGUAUGUGGGCGACACAAUUCGCACAAUUGCAGUUUGUGGCGGAGAAGAAUGGAUGGACAAAAUUCAUCAGUAUGCAGAAUCAUUAUUCGUUGUUGUAUCGGGAGGAGGAGAGGGAGAUGAAUCGCUUCUGUAAUGAUACUGGGGUGGGAUUGAUUCCUUGGGCUCCUCUAUUCCGCGGCCAUCUCGCUCGUCCUCUUUCGAAUCUUGGAAAGACGACUAGAUCUGCUCCGGAAGCUGAUAAGGGUCUUACUGAGGCGGAUGAGGGUAUCGUCAAGCGUGUGCAAGAACUUGCGGAUAAGAAGGGCUGGAAGAUGAGCCAUGUUGCGCUUGCUUGGAUUAAUAAGAGGGUUAGCAGUCCGAUUAUUGGGUUCAGUAGUGUGGAGAGGAUUCAAGAGGCGCUUGAUGCGAGAGGAAAGACUUUGACUGAUGAGGAGGAGAAAUAUUUGGAGGAGUUGUAUGCGCCGAAGAAUAUUAUUGGACAUUCGUAG